AUGUUCGUCCUCUCGCGCGCGGCGCUUCCCGCGCCGUCCGCGGAAGCCGCCGUUUGCCGUCGACCGAAGCGUCGCGGCGAGCCGACGCGCGCGGCGGCGGCGGCGGCGCCUCGACGGCCGUUCCGAUGGACGACUACGACGGAAUCGCGAAGAAUGUCAACUUUCUCCCCUACUGGUCGCGUCGCCGCGGGGCAUCGCGUCCGCGUCGUCGCCGCCGCCUCGGACGACGACGACGUCGCGCUCGUCCCCGCGUUCGACGGCGAUAGAGGCGGCGCGCUCGAGCCCGGCCCGACCGGCGCGCGACCGCCGCGACCGGCGCCGCGGCGCGUCGUCUCGAAGGGCACGCUCAGGCGCGUUCUAUACACUGGUCCCCAUACGACCGCCGACGACCUCGCGAGCAUCGAUUCGCUUCGUAAACACUUCACGUUCGGGCUGAAGUGGUGGCUCCCGUUCAGCGGGUUCCAGGGUUUCAGGCGCGCGCGCGCCCGUCUUCGCAUCGCAUGGUCGUAUUCUAUCGACCGCGUCCAACCAUGCGACGACGGCCAACCACACGUUGUGCCACGUCAUCGACGACUGACCAACCGCGUCCCUCCGCGUCAUCACCAUCCGCCCAUCAUUUGCAGCGGCGUCGGCGAAGCCGCGUCGCGACUGUGGGAGAACACCGUCCUUCUCUCCGGCCUGUUCGCGUCCCUGAGCGGCUUCGCGAUCUUAUUCCCCGUAAACAGCGUGCUCAGCGCGGGCGACCCGUGGACGACGACGUACUCCGUGACGUGGUCCCUGGCGUUCGCGUUCAACAGCACGGCGGCGUUCAGCGGGACCAUACUCCUCAACAAGGUGUCCAAGUGCGCGCCGCAGGUGACAUUCUUCGCCGUGAACCUCACGUUCGUUUUGACACGUAACCUGCCGCGGUGGUUCCACGAGUUCGGAGGCUUCGUGGAACUGCCCGUGCUGUCGUUGUUCCUCGGCGGUUGGAGCGCGUUCGGCGGCGUUCUCAUCGCGCUGACGCCUCUGUACGCCAACCCGUUCGCGCUGAUCGGGCUCAUGGUCGUCUUCGGCGGGUGCGCGUUCGUCGUCACGACGCUGUACUCGGUGACCACGGACUUCGAGAAGCAGUGCGCGGACAGGUGA